GAGCCGUUCAUCGAUCGGGUCUCAGAGACCCGACGCCAAGAGUUGGAUAAAUUGAAAAUUACAAACUAUUUGUGGUCAGUGAUUGACGUGCUCUGGAUUGUCGUGCCGUACAUCACAUCUUUCGCUACGUUCACCGUAUACUCACUCACAUCCGGACAGCCCUUUACCGCCAAAACGGCUUUUGUGUCGCUAUUUGUCUUCAAUCUGUUGAGGGCUCCGAUGGGAAGACUUCCCAACGCAUUGACUUCACUAAACCGGGCGCUCGUGUCGUUCAGACGGAUCCGCACUUUCCUGAGUUGCGAAGAAUUGGAUCAAAGUUUAGGAACCGAUAAACCGUGUGAUGAGAGAAGUGCUGUCACUUUGAAAAAGUGCUCAUUUUCUUGGGAUUCAGAAGAAGAACUCAUUCUUAAGGAUAUAUCACUGAAUGUAAGGAAGGGUUCGUUCGUUGCGAUCGUCGGAAGAGUCGGUUCGGGAAAGUCGUCGUUAUUUUCAGCACUUAUGGGAGAUAUGUAUCGAAGAGCGGGUGAGAGGAAUGUAUUGAACGGUUCCGUGUCUUAUGUGCCACAAACCGCUUGGAUUCAAAACGUGACGUUAAGGCAAAACAUUGUGUUUGUGUCCGACUAUGAGAGCGAUAAAUACGAGAGAGUAGUGAAAGCCUGUGCUCUCGAAACGGACUUCAAUUUACUUCCGGCAAAAGAUAUGACAGAAAUCGGCGAAAAGGGAAUCAAUUUGAGUGGCGGUCAGAUGGAUUUCAAUUUACUUCCGGCAAAAGAUAUGACAGAAAUCGGCGAAAAGGGAAUCAAUUUGAGUGGCGGUCAGAAACAUAGGGUUAGUUUAGCCCGAGCUGUGUAUCAGGACUCAGACAUCUAUCUAAUGGACGACCCGUUGGCUGCAGUGGACGCACACGUCGGACAACAUCUCUUCCAACAAGUGAUUGGACCGAAAGGACUGCUGAGGAAGAAGACCCGCAUUUUAGCCACACAUCACAUCUCAUUCCUCAAAGACGCGGAUCAGAUACUAGUGAUGAAAGACGGAAAGAUUGUCGAUUCGGGCGGUUAUGAAGAGUUGUCUGAGAGGGGAAUGCUUUUGGAAGAGGCUUUGAAUGAAUCGGACGACAUGUCUAUUGGAAGUGGAGAUAAGAUGUCUCGACAGACAUCUCACAUGAGUGGCAACGAAUCAAUUGGUCAUUUGUCGAGACAAAUAUCAUUGAGAGAAGACAUGAACGAAGAGAAAAAAAUAUCACAAACAGAGAGGACUAUGAAAGAGGGGGAGAAACUGAUCGACGAAGAGAGUCAAGAGUACGGAUCAAUUAAUUUCAAUGUUUAUUUGGAUUACUUGAAAUAUAUACCGCUUUUCUUUACACUGACGCCACUCUUGUGUGCGUUUCUCAACAAUAUCUGCGAAAUCGGUGCCAAUUAUUGGCUAAACAUAUGGACAUCGCGUAACUCUACGCGAGGCGAAGAGACGUCGGACUGGAACCUCUUUCUGGCCAUAUAUGGGUCGGCCAUCGGUUUGGACGCCGUGUUUGUGUUGGCCCUACAGUUGGCGAUGAGAACGGGCGCCACAAUAGCCUCGCGAUCGUUGCACAGGGAUAUGUUGUGUCGCAUACUUCGCACACCGAUGUCCUUCUUCGACACCACGCCUUUGGGUCGGAUUAUCAACCGAUUCAACCGAGACAUGAGCACAGUUGACGAGAAUAUACCAUGGUGCAUCAUCGAGUCGUUCCACAAUCUCAUCUAUUCACUACUGGUCGUGUCCGUCAUUAUCUACACCAAUCCAUAUAUGGCUGUUCUCACGCUAAUUGUCUUCGUUUUGUUUGUCAUACUUUACAGGAUCUAUUUGUGGACAUCGAGACAAUUAAAUCGUCUAAAAUCCAUCACUCGAUCGCCCAUUUAUAGCCAUUAUAACGAGUGCAUCGGCGGCGCCGACUCUAUCCGUGUCUAUAAAGUGCAGCAAUUGUUUACCGAAAAGUUGCAACAUUUUGUCGACAUUCAUAUCAAUGUCCAAAAACACAACUACACGGCCGUCAUGAUUGAUAUCUGGACCGUAAUCGUGGGUCUAUUGAUCACAUUCUCGACCGCAUUGAUAGUGGUGUUCGAGAGGAAUAGCAUGACUCCAGGUGUGGCCGGUUUUAUACUCGUCUAUUCGGUUGAUGUCAUUAACAGUAUUUCAUGGGCUCUGCGGAUGGCAUCAGAUCUCGAGACUAAUAUGGUAUCCGUGGAAAGGGUUAGGGAGUACUCGGAGUUGGAGACAGAGAGGAGUUGGCAUUCAGUCAAUGAAUACAAACCAUCCGCCGAUUGGCCGACCAAUGGUUCCGUUGAUUUUAUCAAUUAUAGCGCUUCUUAUAGACCAGGACUCGAACCUGUGGUCAAAGGUUUGAAUUUAAGGAUAGAGUCGGGAGAGAAGGUGGGAAUAGUUGGCCGAACCGGUGCCGGAAAGUCGUCAAUGACUUUGGCUUUGUUUCGUAUAAUUGAGCCAACAUUUGGUCAGAUAAUCAUUGAUGGCGUGGAUGUGACUCGUAUUGGUUUACAUGACUUGCGAUCGAAGUUAACAAUUAUACCACAAGAACCCAAUCUAUUCGCCGGAACCCUAAGACUCAAUUUGGAUCCGUUUGAAGAAUAUUCUGACCAACAGUUGUGGACAGCACUGGAAAGGGCGCACUUGAAGGACUUCAUAUGCGGCACAUCUGAAGGGCUGUCGCAUGAGAUCAGUGAAAGCGGUGACAAUUUGAGUGCAGGUCAGAGACAAUUGGUGUGUUUGGCGAGAGCUCUGUUGAGGGACACGAAGAUCCUGGUGCUCGACGAGGCGACCGCUGCCUGCGAUCUGCAAACCGAUUCAUUAAUUCAGACAACAAUUGCUGAACAGUUCACUCUGUUGAGGGACACGAAGAUCCUGGUGCUCGACGAGGCGACCGCUGCCUGCGAUCUGCAAACCGAUUCAUUAAUUCAGACAACAAUUGCUGAACAGUUCAGUGACUGCACUGUUCUGACAAUCGCUCACCGAUUGAAUACAGUCUUGGAUUACAAUAAGAUUAUUGUUUUAGACAACGGAAUGAUUGUCGAAAUGGAUUCGCCGAAAAAAUUACUCAAAAAACUGAUUCUCUUUUCUAUAGUUUAG